UGAAGUUUUCUAGAACACCCUGUUUUGGCCAUGUCACUUUCGUCAUUGUUGUUUUAUAAGUCUACGCAAUUCUUCCACAUUUUCACUCUUCUAUGAAAACUUAUCAUCAUGAUCUUUCAAACCCAGAAACCAUUUUCUUCUUAUUGUUCAUUCAUCUUCUUCUAAAUCAAAAAGAAAACUCAGAAUAACAGAAAGAUUUCUUCUUUUUUUUCUUAUUCUAUUUUAAUAAAAAUAUAUCAUGUAUUCUGGGUCUUUUCUUUCUGGGUUUUAUUGUUGGGGAUGGGAAUUUUUAACUGCUCUUUUGCUCUUUAGUUGUUCUUCUUCCUUCUAAAACUCAAUUUUCGAUCUUUUUUUUCAAACCAAUUUUUAGGAAAUAAAAUUGAAAGAAAGUUAAAACAGGGUAUUUUUUAAUUUAAUUAGUUAUUUGAGUAAAUUAGGAGGUAAAUAUUAUAAUUGGGUAGAAAAAAUGGGGCAAAGGUCAAUUCCUGCGCCAUUUUUGACGAAGACAUAUAAGAUGGUGGAUGAUGAGAGUACAAAUGAUGUGAUUUCAUGGGGAGAGAAAGGUAUUACCUUUGUAGUGUGGAAAACUGCUGAAUUUGCCAAGGAUUUGCUGCCCAAAUACUUCAAGCACAACAAUUUCUCUAGUUUUGUUCGCCAGCUUAAUACCUAUGGAUUUCGCAAAAUUGUGCCGGACAAAUGGGAAUUUGCUAACGACAACUUCAAGAAAGAUCAACAAGAUCUUCUCUCCGACAUUCGCCGGCGGAAAACGACACUCACCGGAAAAAUCUCCGGCGUCGGUGGUUCUCAGUCAGUGUCCGGUGAUGAGGCGGGGUCCACCUCCACGUCAUCACCGGGAAGUGUUGAAAUUGCAGAUUUAUCAGGGGAGAACGAAAAACUAAGACGAGAUAAUGAAAUAUUGAGCUCGGAGCUAGCUCAGACCAAGAAACAAUGUGAGGAUCUAAUGGGCUUUCUUUCGGCCCAUUUAAAAGUGGGCCGUGAUGAAAUCAACCAGAUUAUACGAGAGGAGAUAGUGGACAAUCUUCCGCGUGGGCCCCCAAAAGAUGGGUUAGUUAGUGAAGGUGACUUUAAUGAUGUUAAUGAGAAGAAUGAUGAUGAUGAAAAAGAAGGUUUGAAAUUAUUUGGUGUAUGGUUGAAAGAGGUUGGUGGAAUUGAGGAGGGUAAGAAAAGAGGAAGAUGUUAUGAUUUUCAAGGGGACAAUAAUUCUAAUUUGGGAUUAAAUGGGACUCAAUGUCCACGAAAGGUGAUGAAAAUUCGUUGAAGAAUUCGACUAUCAAGUAAUAACUUUGGUUCAACUAUAAACUAAAUGUGUUUUAAACAAAGAAAAUCAAGGUUUAUGUAAGCAUAGUAGAUAGCAUUUUGGUUUAAGAUGUAUGUAUUUGUUAAUUUGUGUACUAAAAGUAGCAAGUUUCUAUUGGAUAUCUUCUGGCUAUUUUUUAAGAAAUUACCUGUGCUGGGAGUUCAUGAAGGCUCAUCCCUUUAAAAGUGCUGAAAAUGUAUAUAAUAUAUCAAGUAUAUAUAAGAAAUAAUAAUGGUGUACACCUAAUAUUAUAUAAGUACUUUAGUAUUUUAUUA